AUGGCGGUCGACUCCAUCAACGAGAAGGACGCCAAGCAUGAAGUCGUCAUUGUCAAGACGGCCAUUGGAGAUGAAGCCUUCCAGCAGGCUAUGAUCAAGGAGCCCCCGCCCAAGAUCGCCGCUCCUAUCCUCAUCCUCGCAAGCAUGGUCGCCUUCUGCUGCUCUACUGCCAACGGCUACGACGGUUCGCUUUUCGGAACUCUCCUCUCUUCCAAAGACUUCAAGGGCUUCUUUGGUGUUGACAACAAGGGUAUUGAAGCUGGUAUCGUCACUUCCAUGUAUCAAAUCGGUUCCGUCGUCGCUAUUCCUCUUGUUGGACCCAGUAUUGAUACUUGGGGUCGCCGUGCCGGUAUGACAAUCGGAGCUUGGAUCAUCAUCGUCGGUGUCAUUAUCCAACUCGCCUGCUACUCAACCUCCAGCGUUGGACAGUUCAUGGCUGGUCGCUUCUUCCUCGGAUUCGGUGUCUCCAUCGCCGCCGCCGCCGGUCCUACCUACGUCGUCGAAGUCUCUCACCCUGCUCACCGUGGUGUCAUCACCGGUCUCUACAACGUCAUGUGGCCCGUCGGCGCCCUUGUUGCUAGCAGUGCUGUUCGUGGUGGCUUGAACUACGAGGGAACCAACACUUCUUGGAUGAUCCCUGUUGGUCUUCAGCUCAUGUUCCCUUGUGUCAUUGGCUUCUGCGCCAUGCUUCUGCCCGAGUCUCCUCGAUGGCUGUACACCCACGGAAAGCAGCAGCUUGCUAAGGAAAACCUCACCAAACUCCACGGCCACGGUAACCCCGAGAGUGAGUGGGUCAAGCUCCAGCUUCACGAGUACGAGGAGCAUCUUGAGAUGGACGGUAGUGACAAGAGAUGGUGGGACUACCGUGCUCUCUUCGCCACCCGUGCUUCCUUCUACCGUCUCACCUGCAACUGUCUCGUCUCUCUCUUCGGUCAGUGGGCUGGUAACAGUAUCGUCUCUUACUACCUCAGCGCCUUCCUCGACACUGCUGGUAUCAGGGAAGGUGCCCAGCAAAUCAAUGUCGCCAUGGGAAUGAACGCUGUUCAAAUCGCCUUUGCCGCUCUCGGUGCCACCUUUACUGACACUGUCGGUCGUCGUCCCAUGCUCCUCGUCGUCAACGUUGUCUGUGCUUUCUGCUGGAUUGGUGUUACUGUCCCUGCCUCCAUUGCCAACAUCACUGAUCUUGACAACGAGGAACAGAUUGAUUCUGUUACUCCCCCGGUCAGCAAGGCUAUUCUGGCCUGGGUCUACCUCUUCCAGAUCUGUUACUCUGUCGGCUGGACUCCCCUCCAGGCUCUCUACCCCGUCGAGGUUCUAAGCUACGAGAUGCGAGCCAAGGGUAUGGCCUUCAGCUCUCUCUUCACCAACGCUGCUAUGCUUGUCAUGCAGUUCGGUAUUCCCGUCGCUCUGAAGAACAUCGCCUGGAAGACCUACAUUGUCUUCUGCAUCUGGUGUGUCUGCCAAGCCGGUAUCCUCUACUUCCUCGUCCCCGAGACUAAGAACCGAACUCUCGAGGAACUUGACCACAUCUUCUCUUCUCCCAGCCCUGUUAAGACCUCCAAGCAGAAGAAGGUCUUUGAGGCCGAUGCCAACGCCAACAUUGUCCACAUCGAGCCUGCGACUGCUUCUCCCUCUGCCGCUUAA